UUCACAUGAACCCAACAGAAUCAUCCAUGGGAAUCCAUUUGCAUCUUUCCCAUCUCGGCCUUCUCCUCCUCCUUUUGAUCUCCUUCAACCACGCCGGCCGUCAGAAACUCGUUUCCGCCGACGAAACUCUAAUUCGAGUCCAAUGCAACAAUGCGGACGUCCCCCCGACAUGCGUCCGAUGCUUAGAAUCCGACCCUCAAAGCCAGUCAGCUGACAAGGUAGGCAUCGCGGCCAUCGUCAUAACAUGUCUGAGCGACAAGGCCGGGACGUUGUCGGGCAACAUGUCGGCUUUAGCCUCGGCCGUGCAUGAGAAGGAGGUGAAAUCUAUGUUGCAGAGCUGCGAGAAGUGGUUGUCGGUGGCGAUGACCCGUCUGGCCAACGCGACGAGGAUGUUGGAGGCGGGAGAGUACGACGGGACGAACGAGAACGUGGUGGCGGCGCUGGUAAGGGAGUUGGACUGCAGGCAAAAUGUGGAGGCGCAUAAUGUGACGGUCCCUGAUGGAGUGGUUUAUGAUAUGAGGGUUUAUGAAGAGCUCUCGGAGGCAGCAUUGAGAAUUGUUGAUAGGUUUUAGCAGCCUAUCAAUUACUUGUUACAGUUUGUGGGCUGGAAAAUGAAGAAAAGAAUAAAUUAAGGAGGAUAAUA